CUGAGGGCAUUCCGGUUGGGAUAUCUGCCUGUGUGUUGUCUCUGGACACUAAUGCUUUUGUAUUUGUGGAGCUGAACUUCAGGCUGUUACGCUUCAGGACACACAGGGCUGACAGGCACUGCUACAAGUGCAGGAGUUUCUGGACGGAGCUCCGUGUGUGUGAAGAGCAUGCCUGUGAGUCCGCCGGCCGGCAAACAUGAACCCCCCCGAACUCCUCAGCAGCAGGAGCAGCAGCAGCAGCAGCAGCCUCCCCCCCCACACACACACGCACGCACACACACACACGCACACACACUCGCUAUCCUGCCGCUGCCGCCGCCGCCGUACUGCCAAACCAACGGCAGACAGGGGGACAGUGCAGACGGUUCCCACGACGACGACGGUCGCCGCGCGCGGGCCGGGCUGAUGGAGGAGUUGCCGAGCAACACGGCGGUGGUCCGCAUCGGGAUCCCCGACCUGCAGCAGACGAAAUGCAUGAAGUUUAACGUGGAGGCUCCCAUCUGGCUGUCGAAGCAGCGCAUCCUGUGCACGCUCAACCAGAGUCUGAAGGACGUGCUCAACUACGGCCUCUUCCUGCCCGCCCACAAUGGCAAGGCCGGCAAGUUCCUGGACGAGGAGCGCAUGCUGGCGGACUACCCCCUCCCCUCAGUCACCCCCCUGCCCUACCUGGAGUUUCGCUACAAGAGGCGUGUGUACACCCAGACGCACCUGGAAGACAAGCAGCUGGCUAAACUCCACACUAAGGCGAACUUGAAGAAGUUCAUGGAGUAUGUUCAACAGCGGAACAUUGAGAAGGUGUCCAAGUUUCUGGAGCGAGGGCUAGACCCAAACUUCCACGACCCGGAGUCAGGAGAGUGUCCCCUAAGCAUGGCGGCCCAGCUGGAGGGGUGUGCUGAGCUCAUCAAGGUGCUGAAGAGUGGAGGAGCCCACCUGGACUUCAGGACAAGAGAGGGGGUCACGGCACUGCACAAGGCAGUCCGCACCAAGAACCACACCGCUCUUAUUACUCUGCUGGAUCUGGGUGCGUCUCCGGACUAUAAGGACAGCCGUGGCCUGACCCCCCUGUACCACAGCGCCAUGGUGGGGGGCGACCCCUACUGCUGCGAGCUGCUGCUGCACGACCACGCCCAGGUGGGCUGUGUGGACGAGAACGGCUGGCAGGAGAUACACCAGGCUUGUCGCCAUGGCCACGUGCAGCACCUGGAGCACCUGCUGUUUUAUGGAGCCGAUAUGAGCAUCCAGAACGCCUCGGGGAAUACUGCCCUCCACGUGUGUGCUCUUUACAACCAGGAUAGCUGUACCAGGGUUUUACUCUUCAGAGGAGCCAACAAAGAGAUCAAAAACUACAACAGCCAAUCUGCAUUCCAGGUGGCGAUCAUUGCUGGGAAUUUUGAUCUGGCGGAAAUUAUUAAGAAUCACAAAUCAUCAGAUGUUGUGCCUUUCAGGGAAACCCCGUCUUACACCAACCGGCGGCGAGUGAUGGGCACCCUGACCUCCCCCCGCUCGCUCCUCUCCCGCUCCACCUCCGACAACAACCUGAACGGGGACGGCGGCGGGCACCACCCGGCACACUCGCCCGUGCCCUCGCUGCGGAGCCUCCCGCCCCUGGCCCAGCCGCCGCCCGGGGUCGGACCGGACCCCGCCGCUGACGGCAGCAGCCUCCAAAGCACCGGCAGCUCACGCUCCUCGCACACGCACACACACACGCGCUCGCCCUCCCUGCAGCGCGUCUCAGAGGAACCCGACAAGCACACGCUGCGCCGGCUGCCACACGGGCACAGCCGCGGACGCCUCAGCCCUGGGACGGUCCAGCGGGACCCCAGCCCGCCUCCCCCGGUCCCCGUCGCCCUGGCGGGGGCCCGGGGCCCCAAACGGAAACUUUACAGCGCCGUGCCGGGCCGCACCUUCAUCGUGGUGAAGCCGUAUGCGCCGCAGGGGGAGGGCGAGAUCCAGCUGAACCGCGGCGAGAGAGUCAAAGACAGCUACAUUAACCAGGUAGAAGAUGAGAACCUGUAUGAGGAGAUAUAUCAGGACGCCAAUGAUGAUGAUGAUGAGGCUAAAGCUCGAGAGGAGGAGGAGGAGGAGGAUUAUUAUGAUCAGAUGAGUGAUGACGGAGUGUUGAGUAUUGGAGAAGGAGGAUUCUGGGAAGGCACAGUGAAGGGCAGAACUGGCUGGUUUCCAGCGGAGUGUGUGGAGGAGGUGCAGCUGAGGCAGUAUGACCCACGACUAGAAACCCGAGAAGACCGCACUAAGAGGCUGUUCAGACACUACACUGUGGGCUCAUACGACAACUUCACUUCAUACAGCGACUACAUCAUCGAGGAGAAAGAGGCCAUGCUGCAGAAGAGGGACAGCGAAGGGUUCGGGUUCGUGCUGCGAGGAGCGAAAGCUGAGACGCCCAUAGAGGAGUUCUCCCCCACCCCUGCCUUCCCUGCCUUACAGUACCUGGAGUCGGUGGAUGUGGAGGGCGUGGCCUGGACGGCAGGGCUUCGCACCGGGGACUUCCUUAUAGAGGUGAACGGGGUGAAUGUGGUCAAGGUGGGGCACAAGCAGGUGGUGUCACUCAUCCGUCAGGGGGGCAACAGCCUGGUCAUGAAGGUGGUGUCCGUCAGCCGCAAGCCCGAGUCCGAGGACACGGUGCGCAAGAAAGCCCCCCCGCCCCCUAAGCGAGCCCCAAGCACGACUCUCACACUCCGCUCCAAAAGCAUGACUGCUGAACUGGAGGAACUGGCCUCAGCUAGGAGGAGGAGAGGAGAAAGGCUCGAUGAAAUGCUGGCAUCUCAGGAGGCCAGCCUAAGGCCUCAGGUGGAGGCAGAGUACAGAACAGCAACCGUCAAGCAGAGACCAACCAGCCGCCGUAUCACACCAGCAGAGAUUAGUUCCCUUUUCGAGCGGCAAGGUUUGGCUCUGCAUGGAGCGCUGCACCCCGGCCUGGACAGACAUAUGCACCUGUCUAAAGGCAUGUCCCGCACCAAGAGCUUCGGAGCAACGGAGGAGGAUCGUUUAUCAGCACUGGCGGCAGAGCACCGGUUUCCACGGAGCUCGUCGAUGACGGACACACUGAGAGAAUCCCACCAUGGCAUCCCGCCCCCUCCCCAGACGGCCCCCCCUCCCCCUCCCUCCCUCUACUACCUAGACACGGGCCCUCCCCCCUCCUUCUGCCCCCCGCCCCCCCCGGGGCGACUCCACGACCCCUCCCGCUCCAGCUUCCGCCCCGGCUCCGAGCCCCGCCUCCACGGCAUCGGCCUGCCCCCAGGGGCGGUGAUUAGCAGCUAUGGCUCCACCCCCACCUUCACCCCCACCUUCGCUCGCUCCUCCACCUCCCCGGGCCCCCCUCACCACGCGCCCCUCCUGACGGAGCGCCAGAGGAAAGCCCACUCCAUGAUCCUGCUGCAGGACUCCUCCCUCCUGCCCGUGGACCCCGCCCACCUGCCCCGCCCCUCGCUGGCCCAGGCCACGCCCUCGGAGAAGAUGAAGCGCAAGGGGGGGCGCGUGCUUGACAACCCGUACGCCAACGUGGGCCAGUUCAGCCUGGGCCUCUUCACCCCCCCGCCCCCCUCCAAACCGCAGCGCAGGAAGAGCCCGCUGGUCAAGCAGCUGCAGGUGGAAGACUCUAUCCAGGAGCGGGCAUCGCUGGCGCUGGCCUCGGCGCACGGGCACCACCGGGAGCUGUCGCCCACGGGCAGGCUGGCAGCGCACCACUCCAGCAGGAUGGAGUACUACCAGCAGCAGCUGGCUGCACAGGAGGCCGCACUACUGCAGGGGCGGGGCCCGUUUGCGGCGGCCAUCGCCGGAGCGGUGAAGGACCGCGAGCGCCGGCUGGAGGAGCGGCGCAAGUCCACCGUUUUCCUGUCCGUGGGCACAAUGGAGGGCAGCGGCAUGACGGGCGCGGAGCAGGGGGCGCCCGACGUGCCCUCGCUCAUCCAGUCGCGCUCCGUGGACGAGCGCAUGCUGACCCGCGAGCAGGCGCCCCUGCCCCCGCCCGCCAUGCCACUGCGCCCCUCCGCGCCGGGCGGCACCACCUUCAUCCACCCCCUCACUGGCAAACCCCUGGACCCAAACUCCCCGCUGGCUCUUGCGCUGGCCGCAAGGGAGCGGGCGCUGAGCUCCCAGUGCCAGUCGCCCUCCAGCAGCCCGGAGCCCAGGACUACGCCACACGAGCAGCAGGGGGCGCUGUUUCACACCGAGCACACACACACCAAAGAGACUGAGCUGAGGGGGGGUGGGGCGGGAGGGGAGGGGGGGCGAGACUCGCCCUCGUCCUUUUACCCCACGGCCAGUAAGGUGCAGUGGGCGUCGCCCACGUCGCUGCGGAGGGAGAUGGAGGGGAGGAGGGAGGAGCGGAGGGAGGAGAGGAGGGAGGAGCGCUCGCCCGCGGAGGACAAGAAGAGCCUGCUGAUCAGCAUCAUGGACACGUCGCAGCAGAAGACCGCGGGCCUCGUCAUGGUCCACGCCACCAGCAACGGCCAGGCCGUGGGUCUGGCGCCGGACCAGCCUGUCCGAGUCCCGCCCGCCGAUUCCAAACCCGCUCCGUCGUCCCCAAGUCCAGAUGCCACCGCCGCCGCUGCGGGAACCACUACCCCGACCCUGACCCCCACCCCCACCCCCACCCCCACCGACACGCCCAUGCCCACGCCCACCCCCCAGCGCCCGCCCAGCCCGGCCUCUGAUAAGACGCUGGCGCAGGGCAGCUCGGAGGAGGACAUGGACGCCUACGGCAACGUGGCGCUGCCGGCCGCCAUUCUGUCCUCCAGUGACGAGGAGACGCGCGAGGAGCUGCGCAAGAUCGGCGUGGUGCCGCCACCCAACGAGUUCGCCAACGGCCUCCUUCCCAAAGACCAGCCCGUUCCCGCCGCCACGCCCACAGCCACGGCAUCGCCCAUGGCAACCAUACCUCCCCCAGCCAAGACCCCCAUCACCCCUGCAGCGCCUCCCCUUCCUCCUGUCCCCCUGGCCCCUGUUGCCAUAGCAGCAGCACUCGCGGGCAAGGCCCCCACCCCCACCCCCUCCACCGCCACCGCCGUCUCAGGGAAGCCUCUGGAAGGCCAGCUGGUGGCGGACUCGUCGGCGGCGGACUCGGGCGUGGAGGAGGUGGACACGCGCAGCUCCAGCGACCACCACCUGGAGACCACGAGCACCAUCUCCACGGUGUCCAGCAUGUCCACGCUGUCCUCGGAGAGCGGCGAGCCCACCGACACCACCUACAGCUCCCACGCCGACGGGCACACCUUCGUGCUCGACAAGCCGCCAGUGCCUCCCAAGCCAAAGCUCAAGUCCCAGCUGAGCAAGGGGCCCGUGACCUUCAGGGACCCGCUGCUCAAGCAGUCCUCCGACAGCGAGCUGCUCUCCCAGCAGCAAGCCGCCGCGCUGGCCGCCGCCGCCGCAUCCGCAUCCUCCUCCUCCGGCCUGGGGCUCGGCCUGAGCCUGGGCUUGGGCCUGGGCACCAGCCGGCCCCGCUACCUCUUCCAGAGACGCUCGAAGCUGUGGGGGGACGGUGGCGGCGGGGAGGCGCGCGCCAGCAGCCCCGGCAGCCCCGGCGGCUCCGAGGAGGGCAAGCCCACUGUGAUCAGCGAGCUCAGCUCACGCCUGCAGCAGCUCAACAAGGACACGCGCUCGCUGGGCGAGGAGCCGCUGGGGGCGCCCGGGGGGGCCCUCGACCCUGGCAGGAAGUCGCCCGUCGCCGGUGCCAGACUCUUCAGCAGUUUAGGAGAGCUCCACACCAUCUCCCAGCGGAGCUACGGCACCACCUACACCAUCCGCCCCGGCAGCCGUUACCCGGUCACGCGCCGCACGCCCAGCCCCGGCGGGGGGGGCUCCCCGGACCGCUCCGACCCGCUGGCGCCGCUGCGGGGGUACGGCCUCGCCACCUCGCCGCCCCCCUCCGCCGCCUCCACCCCCCACACCAUCCUCAAGUCGUCCAGCCUGUCCCUGCCGCACGAGUCCAAGGAGGUGCGCUUCGUGAUGCGGAGCUCCAGCGCACGCAGCCGCUCGCCGUCCCCCGCGCCGUCCCCCGCCCCGCUGGGCUCCCCGCUCCUCGCCCUGCGGCCCUUCCACCAGAAGCCGCUGCAGCUGUGGAACAAGUACGACGUGGGCGACUGGCUGGAGAGCAUCAACCUGGGCGAGCACCGCCAGCGCUUCCAGGAGCACGAGAUCGAGGGCUCGCACCUGCCCGCGCUCACCAAGGACGACUUCGCCGAGCUGGGCGUCACGCGCGUCGGACAUCGCAUGAACAUCGAGCGCGCGCUCCGACAGCUGCUGGAGAGUUGACCCCCCCCACACGCCCAUCGCUACCCCCCCACAUACCCACAGACCUACACACACACACACACACACACAUACACACACACACACACACAAUCCCAGCCCCUUAAUUUAAUUGGCUGGUUUUCCUUUCCUCUUCUUGAAUAUCUUGCUCUUUUUCUUUUCUUGCUCCUCCUCUCCUUUGGCCAUCAGCCAAUCAGAAAGAGUUUGCCUAACUGGAUGUUGCAUGAUCCUAGAGCGUUACUGUGGUGACCGUAGCUUGUGUCAUUCCCCAUAGGACACUUUAGCUUAGCACCAUACACACCUGCUCUCUCUCUCUCUCUCUCUCUCUCUCUCUCCCUCCCUCUCUC